CGGUUUUAGUUUUCGUAGACAAUCCACUUAAAAAAUUCACUUUUGACAAUGAUUUCCAUUCUAUUAAUUAUGAUAGUUCUAGCGCCAGCUACCUUCGCAACAGUGACACCAUGCGGGGAAGGAUCAAACCUCCUCAGUUUUUUCGAAGUCAGUGGCUGUGACCCUGAUUCUCUAUGUAAGAUAGCUGCAGGUAGUGAAGUUACUGCGACCGCCGGAUAUAUAUCAUCCGCACAAGUCACCUCUGUAACCAUCACCCGUAUUUUAAAAUUCGAAUCCGGUAUGGUUUUAUCGACUGCAAGACUUGAAGGCUGCGAUUAUGCCCAGUGUCUCCUUGAGUCCAAUGUAAUGGUAAAUGUAGCGCUUUCUUUCAAAGUACCCGUAUUCGUUCCCAAGGGACGUUACAUUCUGCAGAUCGAACUGAGCACUGAUCACAUUUGUUUUACAAUGUUAAUAGAAAUUGUUUAAUUUUUUAACGGUUCAUAAAUUCAAGUGUCAAAGGGAUGUUAAUAUACGUUUGAG